UCCUUUUUUUCCAGCUUUCCAUUCUACUGGAGGAGAGCACCCUAUAGGUGGCUAAUUCCUAAACUUGCCUGUAUCACAUCACCUUGGUAUUUGACUGUAGACCCUUCUUGUCUAUCACCCCUUUAUGAACUAUUAGUAAUGUUGCUAAAAACCAAACCACUGGAAACUUACUAUGGAGUAACCAGUUGUUCCUUUAACUUAUUUAUACUGUCACCGUGAGUUACUGUCUUUGUGAGUGGAGGCUUCCUCAUGUAUCUUAUUUUUAGCAAGUUCCUGAAGUGUUUCUAAUGUUCAGUUAUCAAAACUUAGGAACUCUAGCAAUAGCUUCAUUUGCAUAUUGCAAACUUGGGCCCAGAGUUGCUGAAUGGUCUCCUAAGGUACAUAUGUAGAAUAAUUUUAUUUUUUUUGUGAUUUUCCCAAGUUGCUUUGAUGAUCAUGCUGUUUAAGCAACAAUGGUUGUUGUGUGUGCCUGGCUUCAUUUGGGCAUAACAGGGAAACCUGAGUAAUAGUUAUGUAGAUUUUCUGCCAAAGCAAAGUAUUCCUGUGUAGUUUUUCUGUUUUUAUUUAUUUUUAUAAUUAUAUUUAUUUUGGGCUGGAGAGAUGACUCAGUGGUUAAGAGCACUACUUGUUGCUCUUGCAGAGGACCUGGGUUUGGUUCAUAGCACCAACUUGGUGGCUAAUAGCUCUCUGUUACUCCAGUUCCAGAAGGAUCUGAUGCCCUCUUCUGGCCUCUUUGGGUACUGCAUGCACAUAAUACACAGUUAAAAUACACAUAUACAUAAAGGAAAAAUAGAUUUUUUUAAAAUUAAAAUGUGAGGAUCUGUUUUCUCCUUCUGCCAUGUGGAUACCAGGGAUCAAACUCAGGUCACUAGGUCUGGAGGUAAGUGGUUUAUCUGCUGAACCAUAUUACCAGGCUAGUUGUUCUGUUUUUAAAACAAAUUCACAGCAUCCACCCCCUCCCCCUGUAACUUCUCAAGUGAUCCUUCAGCCAUAUUGCUGUAGAACUCGGAGCCCUGAACUGGCAAGAUGGCUCAGAGGUAAAAGAGCUGGCUACCGAACCUGAUGACCAGAGCUGGCUCCUCAGGACUCCUACAGGUUUUUCUCUCACCUCUAGACAUGUGCCAUAGCUCACCUGUACAAAUAAGUUUAGAAGCCUGAGCCCUAAAACCAAUGUUAUUGGACACUUAUGGUGUUAUAUGCCUGUAGUUCCAAGGUAGAUGCAGAAAGAUUGAAUCUAUUCACAGGUUUGAGACAAGACUGGGGGCACCAUCCCCUCCUCCCCACCUUCAUUGUUAAAGAAUAAGAAAAAGAGCUAGAAAUGUAGCUCAAUGGUGAAAUACUGCCUAGCAUGUUGGUUCCAUUUCAGUACUGCAAAAUAAAUAAAUACAUAUAUAAAUAAAUAAGAAGUGAACCACUUAUAUUGGGUAUGAACAUUGGUAAGCUGCCAGGCCAAGAUCUGGAUACAGUUAGAAUUUUAUGAUCAUUAACUUAUAAAGUUUGCAUUAUACAGGGUGACAUUCAGUGUCUACCAGGCCUCAGUCCACACCAGAUGUCUUAUUGUGACUGCAUUAGUCAGGGUUCUAUAGAGUAAUGGAACUUAGAGAAUGAAGCUUUAUAUAAAGAAAGGGAAUUUAUUAGAAUGGCUUGUAGGCUGUGGUCCAGCUAGUCCAACAGUGGCUGCCUAUGAACAGAAGGUCCAAAGAUUGACCAGUAGUUGGUCAAUCCAUAAGGCUGGAUGUCUGAGUUUGUCCUCAGUAUAUGCCAGAAUCCCAAAGGAGUAAUUCUAAUGCAAGUGAAGAAAUGGACGUGCUAGUAGGGUGAGAACAAGCAGACAAACAGCAAUAACUUCCUCCUUUUGUGUCUAUAUAGGCUUCCAGCAGAAGGUUUGGUCCAGAUUGGAGGUGGGUCUUCCCACCACAAGAGAUCUGGAUUAAAGUGGAGAGAAGCAGGCUCCAGGAAAUGCUGUCCCUGUUGGGCCUGGAGACAUACCAGGCCCAGAAGCUCACCCUCCAGGACUCCCUGCAGAUCAGUUCUGACAGCAUGAAGAACUGGGCUCCUCAGGUCCCCAAGGACCUUCCCUGGCAUUUCCUCAGGAAGCUGCAGGCCCUUAAUUCUGACGCCAGGAACACCACCAUGGUGCUGGAUAUGCCUCCAGAUGCCUGGCCUGCCGAGAAGGAGAGCCAGAUGGAGGAGGAGAUGAUCUACUGGGACCCGGCUGAGGACAUGGCUGCUGAUGACAUCUACUCCUUCUCUGAGCUGCCCAUGCCCGACACACCUGUGAACCCCCUGGACCUUCUCUGUGCUCUCCUGCUGUCUUCAGACACCUUUCUGCAGCAGGAGGUCCUACUCAAGAUGUCCCUCUGCCAGUUUGCACUCCCGCUUGUAUUGCCUGAUUCAGAAAACCACUACCACACUUUUCUCCUCUGGGCCCUGCGGGGCGUUGUGCGGACGUGCUGUUUCCAGUCCCCACGGGGCCUUGGGAGUUUUCGAGAAGACAGCGUGGUUCUGUCCAGGGUGCCCACCUUUGCCUUCGUGCGCAUGGAUGUCAGCAGCAACUCUAAGUCCCAGCUGCUCAAUGCCAUCCUCAGCCCGGCUCGCCGGCAGUGGGACCGCUUCUGGCAUCGGGACCUCAAUUUAGGCACCAAUUCUCGAGAGAUUGCAGAUGGGUUGGUAGAAAUCUCCUGGUUUUUCCCCAGUGGUAAGGAGGACCUGGAUAUUUUCCCAGAGCCUAUGGCCUUUCUGAACUUGAGAGGUGACAUUGGGUCUCACUGGCUGCAGUUCAAGCUCUUGACAGAAGUCUCCUCUGCUGUGUUUAUUUUGACUGACAACAUCAGUAAGAAGGAAUACAAACUGCUGUACUCCAUGAAGGAGUCAACCACAAAGUACUACUUCAUUCUGAGUCCCUACCGAGGGAAACGGAACACAAACCUGCGCUUCCUCAACAGGCUGAUUCCCGUGUUGAAGAUAGACCACUCUCAUGUCCUCGUGAAGGUCAGCAGCACCGACAACGAGAGCUUUGUGAGGCGGAUCCGAGCGAUUAUAUGCAGUGUGGCGCGCUCUCCCUGCAGGAGGCUGUCUGUGGAGGACAUGGCACACGCGGCACGGAAGUUAGGCCUCAGAAUUGAUGAGGACUUUGAGGAGUGUCAGAAGGCGAAGGAGCGGAUGGAGAAGAUUAUCAGGAAGAUCAAGGAUGUGGAUGCCUACAAGAGAGACGAGCUGAGGCUGCAGGGAGACCCUGCAAGGAAGGCAGCCCAAGUCGAAAGAGAGUUCUGCCAGCUCCCGUGGGUCUCGGAACCCCCAGAGAAGCACCGGGCUGAGCUGAGACGGCGGGUCCUGGAGCUCCGCGUGCAGCAGAAUGGCCAGGAGCCCACUUCAGGGGUACAGGAGUUCAUUCUGGGGAUAAGCAGCCCCUCCCUGCGUGAGAGGCAGUACUUCCUGAGGUGGAUGGAGUGGGGGUUAGCUCGACUAGGCUCGCCACGGCCAAGACAGCCUCCAGAGACGCUUCUCACCCUGAGACCAAAACUUGGUGGGGCCUCAGACUUGAAUGAGCCCUUCUGGCCUGAGCCCUUGGGAGUGGAGCAUUUCCUGCGGGAGAUGGGGCAGUUCUAUGAGGCCGAGAGCUGCCUGGUGGAGGCAGGGAGGCUGCCUGCUGGCCAGAGGCGCUUUGCCCACUUCCCAGGCCUGGCUGUGGAACUGCUGCUGGGUGGGCUGCCGCUGGAGCUGGUCGAUGGGGCCACCCUGAGCAUCCCUGUUCGCUGGGUCACUGGGCUUCUCAAGGAGCUGCAUGUCCGCCUAGACAGGAGAUCUCGACUAGUGGUUCUCUCUGCGCUGGGGGUGCCAGGCACAGGGAAAUCUACACUCCUUAACACCAUGUUUGGCCUGCGGUUUGCCACGGGGAGGAGUUGCAGUCCCCGGGGAUCCUUCAUGCAGCUCCUCCCUGUAGCUGAGGGCUUCAGCCAGGACUUGGGCUGUGAUCAGAUCCUGGUCAUAGACUCUGGGGGUUUGAUCAGUGGGGCCUUGCCCUCUGCUGGAGACAGGUUCGAACUGGAGGCUUCCUUGGCCACACUGCUAAUGGGGCUAAGCAAUGUCACUGUGGUCAGUUUAGCUGAAAUGAAGGACAUUCCACCAGCUAUUCUUCAUGCUUUUCUAAGGCUAGAAAAAACAGGGCACAUGCCCAACUAUCAGUUUGUCUACCAGAACCUUCAUGACCUCUCUGUCCCCAGCCCCAAGCCAAGAGACAGGAGGCAGCUCCUGGAUCCGCCCAGCGACCUGGGCAGGGCUGCUACCCACGUGGAGAAGCAGGGUAGCAGCUUCCGGACACUGGCAGGCCUGGCAGAGAGGCAGCAUGUCUGGCACAUCCCAGCCCUGUGGCAUGGAGCACCCCCCAUGGCCGCUGUGAGCCUGGGCUACAGUGAGGCCAUUUUUGAAUUGAAGAGAUGCCUGCUAGAAAACAUCAGGAAUGGCUUGUCCAGCCAAAACCAAAACAUUCAGCAGCUCAUCGAGCUGGUGCGGAGGCUGUGAAUGUCGUGAGGGUAGGGCCUCCUGCUGUGGCCUGUUGGGCCAGCAGCCAGCAAGGCUGUGUUUGGCACCUGAGGGUUGGCUGGUGCUUGCUGCACCUGAGAAGGAAGACAGGAGUUAAGGGCCUUUUCACAGUGUUAAGAAGCAGUCUCAGACUGACUCAGAAAUAUUGAGAAUAGAGGCCCAGGGCGGGGUGAUCCAAGCAGUGGCGUUCUCUGUCCCUAACCCAUGUCGAGGCUCCUGGGAGUUGGCCCUUUGGGUAGCUGCUCCUUCACUGGUCCCUGGAAUUAGGGAACAGCUCCCUUAGUCACAGCAGGUGCUGGCAGACAGGGAUGUUGCGGGUUGUUCUGAAGAAGCAAAAGAGGCUUUGCUUCCAUUCAGUCCACCGGUCCUUUGUGGACCAGCCUUUGUGGCACCGAAGUGCAAGGCACUGCCAUGGCACUGAGCUUACGUACUGGUGUGUGAAGCGCUCCCUGACCCUUGCCCAGGAAGUGUUCGUCAGUCACCCUUUUGUGCUCCAGCACUUUGUCACACUUUCUCCUCAACACUUCAUGGCACAUUGUCACUUGUGUGUUUACUGUCUGCCCCUCGACUGUGAGCUGCUUGAGGGCAGGACCUAAGCACCAUACAGCUCUGGGUCCCUAGGACCUGGCACACAUAGGCGCUUAAUAAAUGUUUGUUGAACUAAUGAAUUGAAUGAAUGCUCCAAUGAUAGUAGCGUGUAGGUUUUGCCUCUCCGUGCCUUCCUUGUCCUUGUGCUCAGGACAACCUUUCCCUGAGGAGGGGUCUGGGAGCAGGCUGUUGCCUGGGGAUAAUGCCAUCAUAGUAACUUUUCAGCACUUUAGUCCCUGCCCCAUGUGCGGUUGACAGUAGGAAGUCGCAGACUGCCGUCCCUGCAUGGCAGACAUGAGUAGAGAGGACCUGCUUGCUGUGCAUUUAAACCUUCCCCAGCAUUCUGACCUCUCUCCUCAGCAAAGUAGCCACCCUGUGAGGGACGGCCUGGAGCUCGUCCUCUCUGAUUCUUCAGCUGGAAUCAGCCGUUACCCCACUGAGUUUCAGAGCCCCACUCCCCUACAACUCAGGCCUAAGAGCUUCUGCUUAACUGUGCCUUGCUGCGGAGGCUUUGGGAUUUCUUUUGCUUGUUUCUUGUCAGAAGUCAGGCAGUGGCCUGAGAGCCUCCCCUGUGUCUUGUCCCUUGAUCCAGUGGUGGGUCUGGACAUGUGGGCAGAGGGAAGCGGUCCUGAACCGUGGCAAACUGCUAUCAGACCCGGUUAAGAAAAGGGGACUCUGGCUCUCAGACCUUGAAACUUUGACCUGCUCAGAGCGUUAAGAUGACCAUACUGUGCUGAUUCAGUUGGAAGUAACAAACCUUUCUUUACCUUAAGAUUCACGUCUGCCAGCUGGGCGUGGUGGUGCACACUUUUAAUCCCAGUACUUAGGAGGCAGAAGCAGGUGGAUCUCUGUGAGUUUGAGGCUAGCCUGGUCUACAGAGCUAGUUCUAGGACAGCCAGGGCUACAAAAAACAAACAAAAUCCAACCAGUAAGUAACAAUAAAAACAACAAAAACACCCUUCCCCUUUUCCUGCCAGAUCUACAGAAACUUCCCUGGCACCUUCCCACACUGCAGAAAUUUCACCCAGCAUUCCUAGCACCAAAUUUACACUGAAGCACAAGAAAUAGCUCUCAGAAUUGUUGCUGGCAGAGGGCCUGUGCGGUAGCUCACAGGGCACAGGCACUUGCGGCAAAGCAUGGCAACUUGGAUUCAUUCCCCGGAACACAUGUAAAACUGGAGGAGAGAACCCUCCAUAAAGGAGUCCCCUGACCUCCACACAUGUCAUGCCAUGCCACCUUCCCCGGUAUGCACAUCACACAUGCUAAUAAUAAAGCUAGGGCAUCCACCUUCAGAGUCCCACUCUUUCUUUUCUUUCUUUUUUCAAGACAUGGUUUCUCUGUGGCUUUGGAACCUGUCCUGGAACUAGCUCUGUAGACCAGGCUGGCCACAAACUCACAGAGAUCCGCCUGCCUCUGCCUCUCGAGUGCUGGGAUUAAAGGUGUGCGCCACCACUGCCAAGUCAAGAGUUCCACACUUAGAAGUUCAAAAUUGUUGAAUUUCAACCAGUAUCCUUAAAUUGUUCCUAAAAUCUGAGACAAGGAAGUCAGGAUUGAUGACAGCUGAGAAAGAGUCUUUAGCUGGGGUUAUUGGUGCAUAGCUGUGAUGCCAGUGUUUGAGAGACAAGGAUUUUCAAAGCCCAGGGUCAGUCUGGGUUAUACAGCAAGACCCCCAUCUCCAAGAAUAUAAAGGUGUAUACAGCAAGACCCCCUAUCUUCAGGAACAUAAAAGGUGUGUUUUACAUGAAGUCUGUCCAUAACCUAGAAAUAAAAUUCAAUCUGGAUUCCUAAGAUUUAUAUAUAUGCAGAGAGUUUUUAGUUUUAUAACUUUUAUUAGAGUUUCAAAGGGACAGGGUAUGGGGUUACAUAUCUGUAUUCUGAGCAUUUGGGAAACUGAGGAAAGAGAAUAGCUCAAGACCAGCUUGUGUACAUGGUGAGAUCCUAUCUAAAAAUACCUCGACCACUCAAGAGGCAGAGGCCGGUAGAUCCCUGUAAGUUCAAGGUCAGUCUGGUCUACAUAGUGAGCUCUGGACCCUGUCUCAAACCAAAAUGCUAAAUAACAUUAAACGUCUUAAUAAAGUUACUCCAUCUAUCA